CACCUCCCCACCUCACCAUCGCCUCGCCCGGCCGUCGUCUAUAUAAGCCACCCCAUUCCUCUCCCGCCAAUUCCAUCACACGCAACUCACCGCAACGCAGAUUCUUCUGCCACACUGCUUCCAUCUCGAACAACCCCAAUCCAAAAACCUCCUGAGCUCUCUUCUCCUGCUGACUGACUGGCUCCAUCGGUUGAUCGAGGAGAAGGAAGGUUUUAAGUUGAUGGACAUGGCGCACGAGCGAGACUCGAGCAGCAGCGAGGAGGAGGUGAUGGCCGGCGACCUGCGCCGAGGACCGUGGACAGUGGAGGAGGACAUCCUGCUGGUGAACUACAUCGCCGCGCAUGGCGAGGGCCGCUGGAACUCGCUCGCCCGAUCAGCAGGUCUGAAACGCACCGGCAAGAGCUGCCGUCUGAGGUGGCUGAACUACCUCCGUCCCGACCUCCGGCGCGGCAGCAUCACUCCGCAGGAGCAGCUUCUCAUCCUGGAGCUGCACUCGCGGUGGGGGAACCGGUGGUCGAAGAUCGCGCAGCACCUCCCCGGCCGCACGGACAACGAGAUCAAGAACUACUGGCGAACGCGCGUGCAGAAGCACGCCAAGCAGCUCAAGUGCGACGUCAACAGCCAGCAGUUCAAGGACGUGAUGCGCUACCUCUGGAUGCCGCGCCUCGUCGAGCGCAUCCAGGCUGCCGAGGCGGCGCAGCCCGCCGCCGCGGACACGCCCCUCCCCUGGGAACAAGAGGGCAUCUACGAGUCACCGGAACUUCCCGUCGAUGCAUGCUGGCCAGCGGAGUACGGCGUCGAGCAGCUGCUAAACACUACGUCGGCCCCGGAGCAGUCGGGCACCACUACCAUUUCUUCCUCGCCGUCUACGGACUCCGGCGCCGGCGCCCAGCCCAGCUGGCCAGCCGCAGUCGACGGCGCAGAGUGGUUCACCACCGCCUGCGACGCCUCCAGCGCCACCGCCAUGUGCCACACGGACCAGCUGAUCCAGCAGCAGCAGCAGCAGCAGCAGCAGGCACCGUGCCAGGUCGGGGAAGCUUGGACUCCCGAGCAGCUGCCGGGUCUCGGGUUUCCCGAGCUGGGUGUCGCGGACUUCGAGAUCGGCAGCUUCGACAUCGACAGCAUCUGGAGCAUGGACGACUUGUGGUACACGCAGCAGCCGCAGCAGCUCGUGUGAAGAAAAGUCAAUACGGUGGCAUGGAAAUCCACAGCGGCGACGGUGCUCGCGGGGACGCCUGGCACGGCGGAGAAACGGAAUUGGAAGAAGGAGAGGAAAUCACCUGGGAGGAUUAAAACAAGAUUUACUCUAAUUAGAUUUACCGACGUACUGAAGAAGCCCAUUUUUGAACUGAUCCUCCCGGGCUGUUCUUCUCCAGUUCUGUCCCGUCUUUCUCUUAUGUGUUAAUUUAGUAGUGGUAUAAAAAGUAAAAAAAAAUGUAGUAGCCGUUCUAGUGUUAAUUGUUGCUACUGUUAAUUACGUGAUCCGUUUAAUUUUUCUCA